CUGCUUUUAUUUAUUUUCCUCCAGCAGGAAUCUGGCAUACCGGAGUCGUCCACGCUCGUCAAGUCAGCUUCCACAUUGACAGCGCAGUCUAUCUCACAAGGUGACGAUCCACGACUGCAAGAACGACGAUGUCCUCUUUGUGGAGAUAUAAUACUUAUUACUAAAGACCGCUUCAAACCAUGUGACUGCGAAGCUCUACGAAAACCACGAGAGAUGUCGGCCGUAAAGCUAUGUGAUGAACUUACCCAAGUAUGUUUUAUAUGCGGAACCUCAUCAACGAAGUUUCAGUCUGGCUUUCGGCUAGACAACAAAAUGAUACGUCCAUGUUUUUGCGACGUUGUUUGCCAUCAUGGAUGCAUGGUAGAGCGCUUGCAGACAACCAAAGUAUGCGAAAUAUGUGGUGCCUCCUACCAGUACGUCGAGUAUGGAUCUUUGCGAGACUAUUUUGAAAGAUAUUGGUGGCAAUAUUUCGCCUCGCUUGUGGCUCUCAUUUUCUUGUUCUCAUUGUCACUUGUAGCGAUCACGAUCUCUCUGAUCAUCGGUAUAGUCUUGUUUGGACUCUGCGUGAUAUUCUUAUGGAUGUGCAUCAAAUACACUGUAAUGCGCAGAUUACCACGUUUCCAUGCGCGAUACGGACAAACGACUGUCUUCGAUUAUGAGCCUCCCUCAAGGCGCCCAAGUCAGGUAAUUUUGUUAAAACAACGCUUCAAGUUGUCUAAGACCCUGCUUAUCGAUAGUAGCUUAUCACCUGCUACGAAUCCAAGUGGGAAUCUCCGCGUGUUAUUGACGAAAUGA